UUAACUCUAUCUAAUAAAUAUAUUUAAGUGUUCUUGUGCAUCACUGAAAUUACGAAAGUAACUUUACCGAGUGCAUUAUUUUAAGUGUAUUUGAAGACAAUUUUCAAACGAAGAAAUUUCAAACAGAAGAAAUUGUUGUAGGUUACAGAAUAAAGAGAAGAAUAUGUCAAGAAGUGCACGUUAAAAGUUUCACGGAAAAGUUGUCCGUGGAAAAAUUUGGAUGUAUUAAUAAUUUUAUCGUCUUAAGGUUUACAUAAACAUGACAAGUAUUCAAACAACGAUUCCAUUCAAUAUACGGAAGAAAUGUUCGUUUUACGGGACUAAAAGUAAUGUACCGAAACAAGAUUUUACUAAUGCGACCGCUAGAGAAACUUCAUAUAAGUAUACCUCAACAGUAAAAAAGGUGAUUACCUUUAGUAGCAGUGAAUCUGAGUCGGAUUCAGAUGUAGAAAAUUCGUUGGUGGACAGUAAUGUUAAAAUAUGUGGGAAAGGCACGGUUGCACGGACUCCACGACGUGUUCGAAAAUCGAGCGAAUGCGAAGAGGGUCUUGGUUCCACACCUCCAAAACAAAAGAGGAUAGGGAAACAAGAGCCAUUUACAGCUCCUCUAACACCCUCUACACUUUUAGAUAAAUUACAUUUAAUAUCAUCUCCAGAUAAAGAAGAGAAACUAGUUCCUAAACAAUUAUUUAACUCAGAGAAAUAUCGCAAUGCACGUAAAGCUUUACACAGCUCAGUACCUGAAACAUUACCUGGUAGAGAAUCGGAAUUAUCUCAGUUAGAAAAGUUCAUGGAAAAACAUUUGAAAAAUGGAACGUCCGCUUCUUUGUACAUCUCAGGCCCUCCAGGAACUGGGAAAACAGCAUGCCUUUCAAAGCUCAUGUUAAAGCCUGAGUUUAAGACCAGGUUCAAAGUAGUCUAUGUUAAUUGUACAACCAUGAAAUCUGCUAUUACAAUUUAUGGGAAGAUCAUUCAUGAGUUAGGAUUGACUGCUUCAAAGUCUGGGAAAAAUAGUAAAACAGUCAUUGAGAAAUAUUUAAUUUCCAAGCAUAAAAUGUUACUGCUGAUUUUAGAUGAAUUGGAUCAGUUAGAAAGCCAAAGGCAAUCUGUUUUAUAUUCUAUCUUUGAAUGGCCAUUGAUACAAAAUUCAAAAUUACUGCUAAUUGGUAUUGCCAAUGCCUUGGAUUUGACAGAUAGGAUAUUACCUAGAUUACAGGCCAAAUGUGAACUGAAACCAAAAUUAAUGCAUUUUCCACCAUAUACUAAACAACAAAUAUCUAAUAUAAUAACAGAAAGAUUGAGUGAUGCAAAAGUAUCAGACCUGUUUACUGGGAAUGCAUUGCAAAUGUUAGCUGGAAAGGUUGCAGCAGUUUCUGGGGAUAUUAGGAGAGCCUUGGACAUUAGCAGAAGAGUGGUAGAGCUAGCAGAAUCUCAUAAAUUAGCACAAAUUUUACAACCUACAAAUAACAAUGAGAUAAAUACUGGAAGUCCUAAAAAGCAGCAGUUUGUAGCAGAGAAACCAGUAGACUUGAAAGAAGUCAUCACCGUCUUGAAUGGAGUUUAUGGUGGAUCUCAAAAUAUUGAGAAGGAAGAAAGCACAUUUCCUUUACAACAGAAAUUGCUACUAUGCUCCCUUUUACUUAUUUUAAACAAGGGGCGGAAUAAAGAUGUGACAGUGGGAAAACUGCAUGAAGUAUAUAAAAAGGUCUGCAAGAAACGGAAUAUCCACGCUGUCGACUGCUCCGAAUUUGUAAGUUUGUGUUCACUGAUAGAGACUAGAGGUAUUUUAAAAUUAACAACCAAAAGGGAGCCCCGUUUGUCGAAAGUCAAUUUGGAAUGGGAUCAAGAAGAAUUAGACGCGGCUUUACAAGACAAAAAUAUGAUGGCAGAAAUUAUUAACGAUGUAUCUUGUUUAUAGAUAUGAUCAUACAAAUUCUUGUAAUUUGUUAGGCUGAUUGUUAAUGUUUUUAAGCUUUAUCAAACGACGGAAGGCGCAUUGUAUUUUUAUAGCAAUACGUGACAUUAGUUUUUGUAGGCAUUUUUAUGUUAUGUAUCAGCACGUUUCAGUUACCUCUUUUGUGAAAUUUAUUGUUCAAUUACCAUUUCUUCGACACAUAGCAGUUUGAAGAACAAUUUAUUUAGCAUGAAAAAGCACUAUUCAUUGUAUAACAUUAUUUUAUAUUUUUGUUAAAAUAAUUUAUGU